UUCGAUGGCGUGUCGUGAUCGGAGGCGGCGAACGAUGUGUUGGCCACAUAUCGAGGAGGCGCAGCAGAUGUUGGGCGUUACUCGAAAGCGACGACAGUGUUUCCUGAGCUAAACGCGAUGGCGGACAGGGGUGAGAAGCUGCGAUCCUCGACGGAGUCGCGACGCUCCUUGGAGAACGCGAGGAAAGAGUUGAUCGGGAUCCUCGGUGAACUGGACAAAAUCGGACUGGCAAACCGAGCCAAGUUCCAUUUGCGAGCUUACACUCGCCUGCGGCAGGCGAAGUUUUUCUUUAAAAAAAAGCACGCUUUUUUCGCCGUGGUUUUUACUAUCCUGUUUCUUCGUCACGCUAAGGAUGGGUUGCUGCCGACGCGACGUGACAAGUGCAUCAUCGAUAUGCCCUCCUCGGUUCACCAGAUAUUCAGACCGCCACAGGAUUGCUCGAUGUGUUUGGGGAUUCAACAGGUUGAUAAAGUAACCAAAAUCGAUCCGGCUCUCUUCGAACUUCGCUACGCUUAUUCCGGCCGACCGGUUGUCGUUACCGAUGCAACGACGAACUGGACAGCGCCCAAGGUGUUUUCAUUCGACUUCUUCAAGUCGCUGUACGAAGGACAGGAAGCAGACUGUCAGUUUUUUCCGUACAAAACCGAGUUCAAAAAUCUCCAAGAAGUGUUCAACAUGAGCGCCAGUCGGGCCCGUCAAUUGGCUGGAACAAAGCCAUGGUACAUCGGAUGGAGUAACUGUGACGAGGAGAUCGGAGCAACGUUGAGGGAACAUUACGAGAUUCCUUACUUUUUACCGGAUACUGCCGAGAGUGAAAAAACUGAUUGGAUCUUCAUGGGGAGUUCCGGAUACGGGGCUCACAUGCACGUCGACGACGUCGAACAUCCUUCUUGGCAGGCUCAGCUCAAAGGGGAAAAACUCUGGAUACUCGAACCACCGAGGGAGUGUCACUACACCUGUAGCCGAAUGACGGUCACCGUUGAACCCGGAGAAAUAAUUGUUUUGGACACGAAUCGAUGGUACCAUCAGACCAGGAUCGUAUCCGAAGAAGUUAGCAUCACGAUAGGCGCCGAGUACGAUUGAACAUCCUGUUAUAUUCGAUUAUCAAUAACGCAAUUGAUGUAUCUUCCAA